AUCAUCUUUCUCGGCAACUCUAUGGAUUCAGUGACGGAGUCGAAGCUCGUAUCACUCACAUCUCAAAUACUUUCUCCCAUGGAAUCUACGAAAUCCGAUUUGGAUUGGUUUACUGAUAGGAACAUCAUAUCUUUCAUUGUUCAAGUAAUGUCUCUCGUCAGCUCAAUGGAUUUGGAUUUGCAGCCGAAGCCAGAGUCGGAGUUUAUGUCACUCACUACUCAAAUAAUCUCUCUACUCCACUCUAUCCAUUUGGAUUCUCAACCGAAGAUGCUGUCAGAUCUCAUAUUAUUCAUUUCUCAAAAAAACUUUGAGCAUUUCGACUUCAGCUUAACGUUCAGUCGAACAUUGGCACUCGAGCCGGAGCCGGCUAUCAUGUCACUCAUAUUUCAAAUAUUCUCCCUCGUCAUCUCCAUGAAUCUUAAGAGAGAGAAGCUUAUUUCCUUAUGUCCUCAAGCAUUCAUAAGAUUGAGCAAUGGAGAAUUUGAUGUUUUCGAAGCUAUCUCGUAUAGUAUAGAUAGCAAGUGGGAGUGUCUUCCUUUAAACUGGAAGACAUACUGGCCUACAGGAGAAGGCAUUACCUAUUUUCGAUGUAGAAAUUGCGAAGGCCGGAACCAUAAAGAAUAUAACAAGGCUCCGGUAGAGAUCAAACACUCUCUUCAUCGGAAACAUUCUCUUCAGCUUGUCUUGUUAUGUGAGGAAAAUUAUACGAGGGUUUGCUAUUGCUGUGAUGAAGAUCUCAGAAGGAUGUUUUAUUAUUGCCCGCCUUGCGAUUUUGCUCUUAAUUUUGUUUGUGCGAAGAAAGAAGCAAUCUUAUAUAUAGACCAACCGAAGUGGCAUGAGCAUACACUUGCUCUGUUUCUAAGAAAGACUUCCUUAACUUGCAACGUAUGUGCCUUAUCACAUUCAAGCUGUCCUCUCUAUAUGUGUCCCCCUUGUGACUUUGUGAUCCAUAAGAGUUGUAUCAGCUUACCUCGUGUCAUAAGGAUAUCACGCCAUCUCCAUCGUAUCGCUUUUACCACUUCUUUUGAUCAAGGAGAUUGGUCUUGUGGUGUUUGUCGCACGAAGAUCGACAAUGAUUACGGAGGCUAUGCUUGCAUCAAGGGUUGUUCGUAUGCGGCUCAUUCAAAAUGUGCCACUCAGAGCAAUGUGUGGGAUGGUCAAGAACUUGAGGGAGAGCCAGAAGAUAUUGAAGAAGAACAACUUGAGCCAUUUUUGAAGAUAAGUGAUGGAAUUAUACAACAUUUUAGUCAUCAACAUCAUCAUUUGAGACUUGACGAGAACACGGGCAGAGAUUACGACGAGAAUAAGCAGUGUCAAGCAUGCAUCACGCCAAUCUAUUUCGGUAAUUUCUACUCAUGUAUGCAAUGUGAUUUCAUUGUUCACGAAGAGUGUGCAAAACUUCCUCGCAAAAUAUAUCAUCCAAUACAUCCACAUCUGCUCAGUCUAGUAGGAGGAUAUGAUGGUGUUAUAAGCUAUUAUAAGGAUAAAUGCUCAGCUUGUAUUGGAUUGUGCAAAGGUGGUUUCUUCUAUGAGUGUGGUAAAGAAGGAUGUAAUUUUAUACUACACGUGCAGUGCGCCACAAUUUCUGAGCCAUUAGUCCAUGAAAGUCAUAUCCAUCCUCUAUUUCUAACAUCCAAACCAGGAGAGAAAAGACAUUGUUCGGUCUGCGAGCGUUCAGUAGAAACAUUCAAUUGCAUUGAGUGCGACUUUGUUUUGUGUUUCGCAUGUUCUAUUUUACCUCAAAAGGUGAGGUAUAAGCAUGAUAAGCACACACUCACUCUUUCUUAUGGGAAGGAGACAAGUACCAUGACGUCUUGGUGUGAAGUUUGCGAGGAAAAAAUAAAUCUACAAAAACGGUAUUAUAUGUGUGAUGAGUAUUGUUGUGUCACCCUACAUAUUAAUUGUUUGCUUGGAGACUUAUACAUGAGGCCCGGUUCAUCGUGGGUCACUCCUGGUUACAAGGUAAGUGUUCUACCCAACAAUCAUCGUAUGUCUCGAUCUUUUGCUCCAUUUGUGCGAAACAUUGUUCACAGAAUGUAGUUUACCAGUGCUCUGGAUUAAUAUUCUGUUCCCGGAGAUGUGCAAUGCUUGCCGGUAUGCGCAAACAACGGCGUGAUAG